AUAGGUACAUGUACAUGGAGUUACUGUUUGAAAGAAAUGUAUAUCAAGAUCUUGGUUUUACAGCAAUGAAACAGCAUAUGCAACUCAUUGCCAACGUUCGUAUUUCACCAUGCCGCAAUUGUAAUCAGGAUGUGGGAAUUGUCGGUGCACUGCAUUGAUCUGUGAUAAAAAUCAAUAGGCAGUACAGAAUCAUUGUUCAUAUCCAGGCUUAGACAAGUGUAUAUAAAGAUCGACCAUGGCGCUAUUCCAAGCUUUGUUGAUUGUGAUCAUACAGAACGUUGAACUGAAGAGCAUCUUUUCAGAGCUUGGGUAUAUUCCCGUCCCUUCAUGUCCAAAAAGUCCAAGGGAAUGGAAUGAUUCAUCACUGCGGCUUAAUUGUAACGAAACAAAUAAGUAUCAUUGUGCUCCAUAUCUAAGUGAGACAUCUCAACUUUACGAGUUUUGCUACAGAAGUCUCAGUAUUAGCAAAGGGAACUGCCUUGGAAUUAGGGACGAUGGCAAUUUAAAUGCAUACAAAUGUGAAAAGUUUGUAUCUGGGUGUCCAGAUGAUGAUUACAGUAGUAGCGAAAUACAUAAAUCGACCUCACAGCUAUGCCAGAAAUUUUACAACUCCGGAAUAACUCCGGAAUUCAACCUAGUGUGUGAGGAGGCCUUAAUGAGCCUCAAACUUCAGUGGUUUGAAGAGAAGAAUUGUAUAUGGCACAAAUCCAAAACUUACAUAAUCUAA